GAUUCUAUAGCCUCGGUUAUCGGAUCUAAUUCGCAGUUUCCUCCAGUGGGCGGAGAAGCAGCCGCACAGCGCCGCUCUCAGCUCCGCUCCCCUCAGUGCUUCCCGCUGCCUCAGCUCUCCAGCUCAUGCGGACCAGCUGCCGAGGCUCAUGGACUAACCGCGGGUCUGACCGUGAGCUGUAACGGACUCGGGGUAGGACUGCUUGACGCCGGUGGAGGACUGGACUAUGGCGGCCAAGGAGGACCUGUACAGCAAAAUUAUCCCCCGGAGGCUUCGCCAAAGCCGACCGGGCUCGAUGAAAUCCAGCUCCAACCUGGACGUGCUGUUGUCCAUGGGCUUCUCCAGACACAGGGCCCUGAAGUCUCUGGUGUCAACUGGAGGUCGGAGUGUACAGGCAGCAUGUGACUGGCUGUUCUCCCAUGUGGACGACCCGUUCCUGGACGACCCCCUGCCCAGGGAGUUCGUUCUCUACCUGCGACCCAGCGGGCCGCUCCAGAACCAGCUCUCACACUUCUGGCAGCAGAGCCGGGUCACCUGCGGCAAAAACAAGGCCCACAAUAUUUUUCCACACAUCACUCUCUGUCAGUUCUUCAUGUGUGCCGACCCCAAAGUGGAAGCCCUGUGUGAGGCCCUUCAGACCACCGUGCAGCAGUGGAGGGGCCGCUUCCCCCGCCCGCUGCCUCUGGAGCUCUACACGUCGUCCAACUUCAUCGGGCUGUUUGUGGAGGAGCAGGUGGCCGACGUCCUCAGGCAGUUCGCAGCCGACUUUGCCACAGAGGCCGUCAGGAAGACAGAGGUCAAAGUGGAGCCUCACAAGAAGCAGCUCCACCUGACGCUGGCCUACAACUUCCCCAGUGAUCACCUCUCCUCACUGGAGAAGCUGGCCAAGGGCAUCGAGGUGAAGCUGGGCUGUGAUUGGCUGGCUGUCCUGUUCUCCCGGGACAUUCGUUUUGCUAGCCAUGAGACGCUGAGGGUCAUGUACCCCUACAUGCCCCAGAACGAUGACGAACUGGAGCUGGUUCCUGGGGAUUUUAUCUUCACGUCUUCCAUGGACCAGACCAGCACCAGCGAGGGCUGGGUCCACGGAACCUCGCUGGCCACCGGCCUGUCUGGACUCCUGCCGGAGAACUACGUGAGCCUGGCCGACGAGUCUGACACCUGGGUGUUUCAUGGCUCCCACUCCUUCUUCAGCUGUGGACCUGGUGAUAAAGCUGGUAAGGAUAAAGGAAUGUUUGACGGCCUGCUGGACAGCAGACGUCCUGACAGCACCGGUCCUGGAGACACGCCUGCUCUCAGUGUGAUCUGCCACCCUAUGCAGCAGGUCCUGCGCCUCAGUGGCAGCCACACUCGGCAGCCCAAACGGACGGUGUUUGUGUGCCGGCACGGCGAGAGGAUGGACGUGGUGUUUGGGAAACACUGGCUCACUCUCUGCUCGGACGGCAAAGGUAGAUACGUACGCUCCAACCUCAACAUGCCUCCCAGCCUGCCUCUGUGGGGAGGACAGAGAGACUACGACAUGGACUCCCCCAUCACUGUGUUUGGGUCCACUCAGGCCCGAUUAGUCGGCGAGGCCCUGUUGGAGAGCAACACGAUGAUAGACUUUGUGUACUGCUCUCCGUCGCUGCGAUGUGUUCAGACUGCGCAGAACAUCUUGAAAGGCCUGCAGCAGGACGGGAAGCUGAAGGUGCGCGUGGAGCCGGGUCUUUUCGAGUGGACAAAGUGGGUGUCAGGGAACUCCAUGCCAGCGUGGAUCCCCCCCACUGAUCUGGCUGCUGCCAACUUCAGCGUAGACACAGCUUACAGGCCUCUGAUCCCGGCCAGCAAGCUGACCGUGUCCGAGUCCUACGAGAACUACAUGAGCCGCAGCUACCAAGUCACCAAAGACAUCCUGUCAGACUGCAAAAGCACAGGAAACAACGUGCUGAUCGUAGCCCACGCGUCUUCCCUGGAGGCCUGCACGCGGCAGCUGCAGGGCCGCAGCCCCCAGAACGCCAAGGACUUCAUCCAAGUCGUACGAAAGAUCCCGUACCUGGGCUUCUGUGCCUGUGAGGAACAGGGAGAGACGGGAAUGUGGCAGUUAGUGGACCCUCCUAUCCUGCCUCUGACUCAUGGACCAAACCACUCCUUCGACUGGAAGGAGACUCUUCUGCAAGAAUGACGCCUGCCUGCUCCGAGUCGGUCACAGUGCUCUCCCUGUAACCCGUUCACCUCCACCCGCCUGCCAACAACCAACCCAACAAAAUAACUGGAGCUCUUGUCUUCUCAGCCUGUUCAGUAGCUGCUGAUUGAGCCAGCAGAGGAAAGGUGAGCAGUCCCAGCAGUGGAUUGGCAAACGGUCCCACUCUGCUGGCGUUACGGGGCGACUCAGGACACUGACAGGCUCAGUGGGUUUCUGCUGCUCUGUGUGGAAUCUCAUGUCAGCGCCGCCUCUGGAAUUUGGUCAGAUCAACAUUGCAAACUCUUUCAUGUAAUUCUUCUCAUGUUGAUUUAUGCUAAAGCAUGUUAGCAGGCUAAUAUGCUAGCUUAGAACUAAAGCUAAAGCUUGAACUUCAACUUCCUAGUAUGCAGUUGGGGACUUUUUAUUUUUCGUCGCUCUCUGUUAGUCAUGCCACACCAAUAGUUUUUACUUGCCUGGGGUCUGGCCACCCCAUGAGAAUCGACGCCACUGGACAUAUGUAUCAACAAAAGGAGCAUUGUCUCCCUGUGUGUGUCCAUGUGUGUGUUGAAAUGCACAGUUUUCUUAUUUUAUUUCCGGUCUCGGCAGCUGAGGCUCAUCACGGUGGGCCUGGCUGCUCGUGGUUUCAGGUCAGAUCUCUGCAAACUGAGAAAGUUUCUCCUGUUGCAUAAUUAACUUGUCUUAAUGAAACUAAGUCAAACAACAAAGUGGACGUGUCACAACAAUCCUAAAAAAUGUAUCACCCAUGUUGAUUUUUAUGCUUGUUUUUGUUAUUUUGUUUUUCAAUUCUGCAGACGUCUGAUUAGAGUUUUUUUUUUAUGUAUGCCAAAAAACAUAAAGAGACUGGAACCGUCCUGGUGGUGUAAACAGCAGUGCUCUCCCAAACUGUUGCUACUGAUUGGUUUUUGUCCUUCAGCAGAGCUGACGGACUGUAGCAGAGAACAUGAGAACGUCUUCAUGUUGGGUUCCCAGGAGGCAGCGCGGCCUCCUCCGACCCGUGCAGUGUAUUUAAUAUAUAACACACACACACACACACAGCUUCAACAGCACAUGUUGCACUUAGUGACAAUCAUCCAGUAGCAUCUUGAUUCUAGCCCAGCAGCGAUUAUUGUCCAAAGGUUUGGAGUAGCUGUAGUCAUAGCCUGAGAAAGGUCUUCCAGUUUGAUCUCUAUUUAUUUUUAAACCUCUUUUUUAAAUACAAAAUAAUGUGUACAAAGGAAAAAAAACAAAACAAUUUUAGCUGCAUGAAAGAAUUUAAGAAGGAGUGUCUCAGGUGUUGCAUUUAACACAGGUAUUUGCAGCUUUGCAUUAACUGACUGUAAUGUUGUGCCUCUGAGAGUUUCUGCCUCGUCUCCAUAUGUUCUUCAUUUCUCGGCUGCAAAAAACACAACGAGGACGUUGUGCUAUCAGUUCAACAGAGUAUCAUUUUAAUUUUUCUUUUUUUUUUUAACAAAAUGCUCCAGCUGAAACUUGAAUGGAUUGUUUGGUCGCGAUGCCAGAGUUUGGUUUGAAUAGACUCUGAGCCUGGAGCCGUUUCCAGGUUAUCCUCAGGUCAGUUUGUGGCUCUGGAGGCUGAUCCUGACAGAAUGUAGGAGGACAUCAUUUAGAGGAGCCGUCGACUGGACGGAGAUUCGACAUGAUCACAGAGGUUCUGGUCUUCUUUUCUGAACAAUUCAAAAGUAAAAGCAAAGAGUCAAAGUUGAGCCCCGCAAAGCCGACCAGCGAAGCAACAACGGAAAAUAAACUGCAGAGACAAAUUAAAUAAAAACAUCUCAGGUCCAUAUUCUGUUUUGAAAUAAAAGCAUUUCUACUAGUUUAAAUAACACAUUUCAAUCAAUUCCAAAUGUAAUUAGCAUACUAAACUGAUUUUCUUAAAUCAAUCCAGUCUUGUAAUCUGUAUGAGUUUAUCAUUCAUUUCAUUUCUAAAUCGUUGUUACUGUUCUUUGACCUUUUACAAAACAGGGAGCUAAAACGCCAACUUUCACUUUUUCAGUUUUUUUUUAAUCAUUGACUCCAGUCAAAAGAGGAAUAUUUCAUUUUAGAGCUUUUAAAAUAAACUCUAAGUCAGUUCUUUCUAAGUCUUGGUAGUAUCCAAGCUCCUAAAAGACUUCACACUCUGACAAAAACAUGCUUUUCAUCAGAAAAAAGGUCUUACUUUUGAUCUUCAGUCAGAAUCUGAAAUUCAGGAACUUCAGAGAUGCUCAAUGAAUCUAUAUUAGUGACCCCUGGACCAUCUUGAGAUGACAGUUAAAUGUCCAAAACAUAAAUGAGCAUAAAUUAGAAACUUAAGCCUGGUUCCCCAUCAUGUUAACCACGUUCUGUCAAAGUUAGAGAAUCUUCAUAGGUGCAGACAGAGAAUCAGCAUAAUGUACCACAAGAUUUUGUAAUGUUAUUGUUUGCUUAUUGCUGUUACAUUUGAGUAGCACUUGCUCAAAUAUGUUAAAAAACAUGUUAGAGUAGCCUGACCGAGCUGGAGAUCAUAACGUGUAUGCUACAGUAUCAGAGGCAAUCUGAUAUCUGGGUCAUUUAAAUGUGAUGGAUCAGGGAGGUUAAAACAUAGCAACUGGUCAGUGAUGUAGCAUCGGUAAAGAUGAAAAUGUGAGAGAGCAGGAUUUGUAUCCUGGCCAUUAAUAGAACCAAAAUGAAAUAUCUUUCCAUUUAGAACCGUCAACAAGUCAAUGAAGGACUACGAAUGACACCAGGGUGAUUAUGGUCUUUCACAAACUGGGACCAGUUUUCUGUUUUUUAUGUGGAACCUGAUCAUAACUGUAGACGCUCAGGCAGUUAGAAACGGAUGCUAAGUGUUAGUUUGACCGACGCUCGUCUCUGCUGGUGUUUUUAUCUCCACAAAAAGGGAUUCUUUACAUUUUUCUAAGCUGAUGUUGAAAAAAUACAACUUUGCAAUCACAAUGUUUCCAUCAGAUAAGAAACACAAUUAAAAUCCCACGUAGUCUGUUCACGCAGUGUCUUUAAAAAACAUCCAGCGCCACGAUCCUCCUGCUACUUCCUGUCGUCUUCUUCACGACUUGCGCCAGUGGCAACAUCACUGCUGUGGUUCGUGUGACUCGUGCGAUGCGAAAAAAAUGUUGCCAUUGCAAUAGACUAACUUAGAUAUGGCCAAAAAAUCCACCUCAUCCUAGCUCCAAACUUCUUUUUUCAAGAAUU